GCCUGGGAGGGGAUUGGGGCCCGGCUUCCUGAAGGGAGGAUGGGCUAAGGCAGGCACACAGUGGCGGAGAAGAUGCCCUCCUGGGCCCUCUUCAUGGUCACCUCCUGCCUCCUCCUGGCCCCUCAAAACCUGGCCCAAGUCAGCAGCCAAGGUGAGGUGCACAGAGGGUGGAGAUCACCUAUGCCCAGGAAGAGGGAGCCCUGGGAGGUGAUGCAGGGCCCUGGGAGGGGAGGUAGAGUAAGAGGCUCUCCUGCUGGUCCCCUCCCCUUCCACAUAAACAUGCCUGGGAGGACCCAGGGCCAACUCACCAGCUGUUCCUUAGAUGUCUCCUUGCUGGCAUCAGACUCAGAGCCCCUGAAGUGUUUCUCCCGAACAUUUGAGGACCUCACUUGCUUCUGGGAUGAGGAAGAGGCAGCGCCCAGUGGGACAUACCAGCUGCUGUAUGCCUACCCGCGGGAGAAGCCCCGUGCUUGCCCCCUGAGUUCCCAGAGCAUGCCCCACUUUGGAACCCGAUACGUGUGCCAGUUUCCAGACCAGGAGGAAGUGCGUCUCUUCUUUCCGCUGCACCUCUGGGUGAAGAAUGUGUUCCUAAACCAGACUCGGACUCAGCGAGUCCUCUUUGUGGACAGUGUAGGCCUGCCGGCUCCCCCCAGUAUCAUCAAGGCCAUGGGUGGGAGCCAGCCAGGGGAACUUCAGAUCAGCUGGGAGGAGCCAGCUCCAGAAAUCAGUGAUUUCCUGAGGUACGAACUCCGCUAUGGCCCCAGAGAUCCCAAGAACUCCACUGGUCCCACGGUCAUACAGCUGAUCGCCACAGAAACCUGCUGCCCUGCUCUGCAGAGGCCUCACUCAGCCUCUGCUCUGGACCAGUCUCCAUGUGCUCAGCCCACAAUGCCCUGGCAAGAUGGACCAAAGCAGACCUCCCCAAGUAGAGAAGCUUCAGCUCUGACAGCAGAGGGUGGAAGCUGCCUCAUCUCAGGACUCCAGCCUGGCAACUCCUACUGGCUGCAGCUGCGCAGCGAACCUGAUGGGAUCUCCCUUGGUGGCUCCUGGGGAUCCUGGUCCCUCCCUGUGACUGUGGACCUGCCUGGAGAUGCAGUGGCAAUUGGACUGCAAUGCUUUACCUUGGACCUGAAGAAUGUUACCUGUCAAUGGCAGCAACAGGACCAUGCUAGCUCCCAAGGCUUCUUCUACCACAGCAGGGCACGGUGCUGCCCCAGAGACAGGUACCCCAUCUGGGAGAACUGCAAAGAGGAAGAGAAAACAAAUCCAGGACUACAGACCCCACAGUUCUCUCGCUGCCACUUCAAGUCACGAAAUGACAGCAUUAUUCACAUCCUUGUGGAGGUGACCACAGCCCCGGGUGCUGUUCACAGCUACCUGGGCUCCCCUUUCUGGAUCCACCAGGCUGGUAAGAACUUUCUUCCUCAUUCUUCCCACAUAGUUCCCACCCCCACUGAAUCUGACCCUGUGCCCAGGAUCCCCAACUCUGACCCUUCUGACCGAUGGCUCUGGUGGCACGAUGCCUUGUGCACAGAAGGACUUAAGCUGCUCCCUGCUGACAUCCCUGUAGUGCGCCUCCCCACCCCAAACUUGCACUGGAGGGAGAUCUCCAGUGGGCAUCUGGAAUUGGAGUGGCAGCACCCAUCGUCCUGGGCAGCCCAAGAGACCUGCUAUCAACUCCGAUACACAGGAGAAGGCCAUCAGGACUGGAAGGUGCUGGAGCCGCCUCUCGGGGCCCGAGGAGGGACCCUGGAGCUGCGCCCGCGAUCUCGCUACCGUUUACAGCUGCGCGCCAGGCUCAACGGCCCCACCUACCAAGGUCCCUGGAGCUCGUGGUCGGACCCAGCUAGGGUGGAAACCGCCACCGAGACCGCCUGGAUCUCCUUGGUGACCGCUCUGCAUCUAGUGCUGGGCCUCAGCGCCGUCCUGGGCCUGCUGCUGCUGAGGUGGCAGUUUCCUGCACACUACAGGAGACUGAGGCAUGCCCUGUGGCCCUCACUUCCAGACCUGCACCGGGUCCUAGGCCAGUACCUUAGGGACACUGCAGCCCUGAGCCCGCCCAAGGCCACAGUCUCAGAUACCUGUGAAGAAGUGGAACCCAGCCUCCUUGAAAUCCUCCCCAAGUCCUCAGAGAGGACUCCUUUGCCCCUGUGUUCCUCCCAGGCCCAGAUGGACUACCGAAGAUUGCAGCCUUCUUGCCUGGGGACCAUGCCCCUGUCUGUGUGCCCACCCAUGGCUGAGUCAGGGUCCUGCUGUACCACCCACAUUGCCAACCAUUCCUACCUACCACUAAGCUAUUGGCAGCAGCCUUGAGGACAGGCUCCUCACUCCCAGUUCCCUGGACAGAGCUAAACUCUCGAGACUUCUCUGUGAACUUCCCUACCCUACCCCCACAACACAAGCACCCCAGACCUCACCUCCAUCCCCCUCUGUCUGCCCUCACAAUUAGGCUUCAUAGCACUGAUCUUAUUCUACUGCUGCUGACAUAAAACCAGGACCCUUUCUCCACAGGCAGGCUCAUUUCACUAAGCUCCUCCUUUACUUUCUCUCUCCUCUUUGAUGUCAAACGCCUUGAAAACAAGCCUCCACUUCCCCACCCUUCCCAUUUACUCUUGAGACUACUUCAAUUAGUUCCCCUACUACACUUUGCUAGUGAAACUGCCCAGGCAAAGUGCACCUCAAAUCUUCUAAUUCCAAGAUCCAAUAGGAUCUCGUUAAUCAUCAGUUCCUUUGAUCUCGCUGUAAGAUUUGUCAAGGCUGACUACUCACUUCUCCUUUAAAUUCUUUCCUACCUUGGUCCUGCCUCUUUGAGUAUAUUAGUAGGUUUUUUAAAUUUGUUUGAGACAGGGUCUCGCUCUGUCACCCAGGCUGCAGUGCAAUGGCGCGAUCUCAGCUCACUGCAACCUCCACCUCCAGGUUCAAGCGAUUCUUGUGCCUCGGCCUCCCUAGUAGCUGGGAUUACAGGCGCACACCACCACACACAGCUAAUUUUUUUUUUUUUUUUUUUUUUUUUUUAGACGGAGCCUUGCUCUGUCGCCAGACUGGAGUGCAGUGGCACGAUCUCGGCUCACUGCAACCUCUGCCUCCCGGGUUCAAGCCAUUCUGCCUCAGCCUCCCAAGUAGCUGGGAGUACAGGCGUCUGCCACCACGCCUAAUUUUUUUGUAUUUUUAGUAGAGACCGGUUUUCACCACGUUGGCCAGGAUGGUCUCGAUAUCCUGAUCUCGUGAUCCACCUGCCUCUGCCUCCCAAAGUGCUGGGAUUACAGGUGUGACCCACUGCGCACAGCCCCAGCUAAUUUUCAUAUUUUUAGUAGAGACAGGGUUUUGCCAUGUUGCCCAGGCUGGUCUUGAACUCCUAACCUCAGGUGAUCCACCCACCUUGGCCUCCCAAAGUGUUAGGAUUACAGGCAUGAGCCACUGCGCCCGGCUGAGUGUACUAGUAGUUAAGAGAAUAAACUAGAUCUAGAAUCAGAGCUGGAUUCAAUUCCUGUCCUUCACAUUUACUAGCUGUGCAACCUUGGGCACAUAACUUAAUGUCUUUGAGCCUUAGUUUUUUCAUCUGUAAAACAGGGAUAAUAACAGCACCCCACAGAGUUGUGACGAGGAUUGAGAUAAUCUAAGUAAAGCACAGUCCCUAGGACAUAGUAAAUGAUUCAUAUAUCCGAGCUACUGUUGUAAUUAUUCCUUCUUACUCUCCUCUUCUAGCAUUUCUUCCAAUUAUUACAGUCCUUCAAGAUUCCAUUUCUUAACAGAGUCUCCAAUCCCAUCUAUUCUCUGCCUUUACUAUAUGUUGACCAUUCCAAAGUUCUUAUCUCUAGCUCAGACAUCUACUACAGCACUGUGAUGCUUUAUGCAACUAACUGUUUACAUAUCUGUCCCCUGCUACUAGAUUGUGAGCUCCUUGAGGGAAAGGACCCUAACUGUUUACAUGUCUGUCCCCUGCUACUAGAUUGUGAGCUCCUUGAGGGAAAGGACCAUGAUUUAUUUGUCCUUUUCCCCCAGCACCUAGAGUAGUGCUUGGUGCAUGAUAGUAGGCCUUCAAUAAAUUUUUUCU